UGAAUUUUCACGAACUGCAGAUUAUAUAGAUUCUCGCGAUAUAUCAGAGUUUAAGUCUAUAAAAUGGAUUAUUUGUAAGAUGUAGGAUUGUUACAUGUGGGAAAAGAAAAGAAAAAAAGAUAUAAAAAUUCGGUAGAAUGGGAGAGAAAGACCGAGAAAAGUAUUUUGUAAUUCUCGAGGCGGACGGAUCGAACGGAGGAGGAUUAGCUAACUCAUCGGCAAGGACGUGGCCUAGUCCUCGACGACGAUGAAGACAACGACCGGUGCACUCUUCGGAUCUUUCGGGUUACGAGAGCAGAGGAUCGAUCUGAUCCCGAUGUUGCUCGCUUUUGUUGGGCGUGGUUCGAUUUCUUGCGCAAUUUCGCUGCUCGUUGGCCGCGAAUCGGGUAACCGUCGAGGGUACCGUCACCCAGUUACAUCAGUGAAUAUGCUCUGUUUUAUGUGUACGUGUAUGUGUGCCGUGGAAUAUAGUGGGCCUCUCUCGCGGUUCCCGAACAGAGAGGUAUAAAAGCCGAAAACCAUCCAUCCUUUGGUAUCACUCGCAUUACAAACUCACAAGAUCGAGCGAAGUACCGAUCAACCAAGCAACAAUGGCCUUCAAGUUCGUCGCUUUCGUCACCCUGAUCGCCGCCGCUAAUGCCGGCGUGAUUGCGCCCGCCGCCCCCCUGGCCUAUGCCGCGGCUCCCGCUGCACAUCUGACUUACGCCGCGGCCCCCGCUGCACAUCUGGCUUACGCCGCGGCCCCCGCUGCACAUCUGGCUUACGCCGCGGCCCCCGCCGUGGUGGCCAAGACCAUCGAGGCUGACUACGACCCGCAUCCCCAGUACAGCUACGCGUACGACGUGCACGACAGUCUGACCGGAGAUGCCAAGAGCCAGCAGGAAACCCGCGACGGCGAUGUCGUUCAGGGCAGCUACUCCCUUCUGGAGGCCGAUGGCACCAGGCGCAUAGUCGAUUACACCGCUGAUUCGGUCAACGGAUUUAACGCCGUGGUACGCAAGGAACCCGCCGCAGUCGCCGCCGCACCCGUCGCCUACGCCGCAGCCCCCAUCGCCAAAAUCGCUGCCCCCCUGGCGCACGCUGCUCCCCUCGCCUAUGCCGCACCCGUAGCUAAAUUAAGCUACCAAGCCGCCCCAGCCUUUGCUUACAGUGCGCCCAUCGCCAAGAUCGCCGCGGCGCCCGCUGCUUUCUCCUAUGCCGCCCCCGCUGCCUACCUCCACUGAACUGUGACCUGAUCGCCAUUUAGGAACAUAUUUAUCGAAUAAAUUUUACUUCUAUCAGCAAAUAUAUAUAGAUCGUGUAAGAGAGUUGUGGAUUACCUUCACCCAUUUUCAAUGUACUUUGUUCGGUAAUUAAAUUGAACUCUGGAGAAAAGUAAUCUCUGA